AUGCGCGGGCAUCUUCUCUUUAUUCUUUCGGGGCCAGAACCACAACGCACCAUUUUUGAGAACAUUAUUAUUAACGAGAUUGCUCAUUACCCGGGAUCAGCUACAAUCAUUCGUGGAGUGCCCGCCGCAGCAAAAAUGAUCCCAUCGACCAACUCGAUCCGUUUUUAUAAUCAUUUGCCUUCGGCUGAUCUGCAGGCUGAAGCAGCCAGGGCUGAAUUCAUUAUCAGUCGAAGUGGCUACAGCACCAUCAUGGAUAUUGCGGCAUGGAAGAAGAAAAGUAUCCUCGUGCCCACCCCGGGACAAACGGAACAGGAAUAUCUCGGACGUCAUCUUCAAAAAGAAAAAUGGGGACUCGUAUGUCAACAACAGAAUUUUAAGUUGAAUGAUGUAGUGGCCCGUGCGCGGCAAUUCGAAUAUAACUUCAUGCCUGUCUCUACCAAUGAUUCAUUGGAAAAAGUAAUUGAACAAAUGCUUGCCACUUUCAUUAGGCAAUAA